AUGCCUCCCACAUUACCCAUCGACCUCGCCAACUUCCCGGCUUUUCAGACGAGGAAGGCUCUCUUGGUUCUCGACUUGCAAAAUGAAUUCCUGUCGCCCGGCGGCACGCUACCUGUGUCAACACCAGUCGGGUACGUGGAACGGGCCCUCAAAGUCGCCAAAGCGUUUCGCGACUCUGGAGCCGGUGACGUCUUUUGGAUUCGCAGCCAGUUCGAUUCCCACCGUCCAACCGAAAAUGCACAGAUAAUCACAUUGGCCAACUCUAGCACAGCCGGUCCCAAGCAGAGCACGUCACGAGGCCGCCGGCGUGAGCCCGAGCCACUGGUCGGAGACCCGGACGCCGACCCCGAGGCUUUCUUAAGCACGGGCGGCCCAACGCCCCAGGACAAGCAAAGACAGCACCAACAGCGCAGCCAAUGUCUUCUUCCCGGCAGCCACGGCAGCGAACUCGCACCCCAAGUAGCUUCUUCCGUGAACGCCCGCCUGGAUCUCGUCAUUGCCAAGUCACACUACUCAGCCUUUGAGUCUACCCAGCUUCUCAUGCGCCUUCGCACGCGUUUUGUCACCGAGCUGUACAUCUGCGGCGCCCUCACCAACAUCAGCAUUUACGCCACGGCUCUGGAUGCCGCACGCCACGGCCUCACCCUCACCAUUAUCGAAGAUUGCUGCGGCUACCGCGAUGUCACCCGCCACAGCGACGCCAUUAGGAGCUUGGUGCAGCUCGCUGGAUGUGACACAUUGGCAGCUGAAGAAGUCCUCCAGACGUUCGCGGCCCCGUCCUCCGAUGCGAAGCCAGUGGUUACCGAUUUUGCCGCAGCCAUCGCCGCCAUUACAGCGUCCAGCAAUGGACCACCCCGGGCGCGGGGGUCAGCCAAACAGUCGUCGUCCGGGCCCAUAGCCGUCGGCGGAAGUGGCUUCGGCGGUGCCGCCGUGGGUGUUGGUGGUGGGAACAGCGGCGGUCUACCCGUACGUACAAAGAGUCAAAAUCCAGGGCCCAGUCAAGAUGAGCCCGACGCCCGUACCCCGUCCGCACCCUCUCCCCAUGAGAUUUCGACACUAAGUCGUUUGUCUCCCGCAGCUAAAGCAGUCUCCCAAAACGAGCCGAAGACGCCGCCACCGGUACAGCCCGUGGUAGUGAAGACUGCGGUGUUACCGAAACCAUUGAAAACAGCACCACAAAGAAAACAUGCGACGAAUACGACUGAUGCAAACACUUCAGCUCGUACUGGCUCCGCGACGGUCGCAGGUGCUGUCAUUGGUUCUUCCAGCACACCCCCUGCACCUGCUGCGGAAACUAAGUUGCUUAGCACAAGGCAGACAACCAUCGCUGCCAUCGAACCACUCGCAAUCGACCUUGGCGAAAUUACCCCAGACGAAGACACUGGCGACGAUAACGACGCGGAUGACUCAUUUAAACUGGCGAUUCCUUCACGGCACGAGAGACUUCUAGAAUAUUCUCGGUUGCGAUCGACGCGAAGCGCAAAUGCCUUGCAAAAGCGACUUGAAGAGGGAACAAAAGACGGUCCCUCUGCUGCCUCUGCCCAGCGCUCUCGACCUGAACAACCACGAGUCAGAAAGUCUCCUGCAACGUCAUCUAGUCGUGCCACCGAAACUCGCCCCCGCAAUCCCACACCUGGAGCAUCAAAUACAAUGGCCACCAAUGCCUCCUCUGACGCCGGGGCGGGGACGAACGCGGGGCGUCCCGCAGCACGUCUUGAGGCGUCUUCUCCUGCCAAGGUAAUGCCAUCGUCGGUUACAGACCCUGCCAGGUCCAACGACUUGGAGUCGACAAAGACACCGGGCAAGACCAUCAAAACAAACGCCACGAGCGGCUCCAAGUCAGACAAACCUGCACAAACUGAGUCCGACUUGGACGAUACCGAUGCUAAGCUAGUGCCGGUCGAUGCGACAAAAGAGCCAUCUGCAACGGAGCCCAUAUGUGCUGGUGACACGAUCAUCUACCACGAUGUCCUUUCCCAGUCACUGGAAGAGGGCAUCUAUGAGCGUCUGAAGGACGAGGUACAGUGGCUACGUAUGUCGCACCAAGGCGGUGAAGUUCCACGCUUGGUUUGUGUGCAGGGACAGGUCGACGAGGAUGGCAGCUUCCCAAUCUACCGCCACCCAGCCGACGAGUCUCCGCCACUGGAUGCUUUCACGCCAACGGUGCUCCAGAUCAAGGGCGAGGUCGAAAAGAUUGUGGGGCAUCCACUGAAUCAUGUCUUGAUCCAGCUGUACCGCACCGGGAACGACUACAUCUCUGAGCAUAGCGACAAGACGCUGGACAUUGUUCCCAACUCGUAUGUCUGCAACAUGAGCCUCGGUGCCGAGCGCACGAUGAUCUUCCGCACAAAGCGAGUGGAUAAGGACCCCUCCCUUAAGGCAGAACCGUCGAGCUCCGGCAUUGUUGAUAGCAAGGCUGAAGGUGGUUCCGAGAAAGAAGAAAAAUCGACGAGCGGCAAGCCUCCAACCUCCUCCCCCACUCCCGACUCCGCUAAGCGCCAGAAUUGCCGCGUCCAGCUACCACAUAACUCUCUGUGCCGCAUGGGCUUGCAGACAAAUAUGAAAUGGCUGCACGCCAUUCGCCAGGACAAGCGCAUCGAUCGUGAAAAGACGCCGGCCGAGCUGGCCUACAAUGGUGGCCGUAUCAGCCUGACGUUCCGCCAGAUUGGCACAUUCCUAAACCGCGAUCAGACACUAGUCUGGGGUCAAGGCGCCGUGGGCAAGACCCGCAAAGACGCCCGCCCGGUCAUCAACGGGCAGUCCGACGAGGCCAUUCGUAUGCUCCAGGCGUUUGGUAUCGAAAACCACAGUUCCCAGUUUGACUGGGACAAACACUAUGGUCAGGGCUUUGACGUGCUGCAUAUGAGCAGCUCGCCACGCUUUUUUACCAGUUUCGAUCCCGUUGUUAACAUGACGGUCCAGCUGCUGCUGGCCGAGCUGGAUAUCAGCUACGCCAGAGGCAGUAUGGCCACGGUUGCUGAGAAGAAGGACACACCGUCCACCACAACACCUGGUUCGGACGAAUCACCGACCACUACGGUUUCGUCCCUGGAUAUUCCAGUCCGGCUGGUGGACAACGACCGCGACAGGUCGACAGUCCAGGGCCUCUUGGCCAUCCUGCUCUACGUAGAUGCGGUAUACGGACCGCCGCAUAAGAACAAAUCAGCCCAUCUCCACCUUGACGCGGCGCGCAAGUACACGCGGCUGCAACAGGCUUUGCAACUCCAAGACAAGUGGAGAAGUGUGGCCAAGGCAGCUCCGGGUGGUGAGUCUGUUUCGGCCUUUUCUUUGAGUCCGCUAAAGAGCGAGAUGACAGUCUGGGACAGCUAUGUCUCCCAAAAGGAGGACGAGACAACAGACGCGACUGGCGAGUUUAUCGCCGGCGGCACGUUGCCUUGCGUGGCAGACUAUGCUGUGUGGCCUGUGUUGUACAGCAUGGAGCUUGCCGCUGGUAGCCAGGAGACACUCGCAGCCGAGUUGCGUCGGCUGGGUGUACCCAGCCUAGCCAAGUACUAUGCCUCGUUCAGGGCCAGGGAUUGCGUCGAGAAAGUCAUCAAGGCAGGAGAGAAAUGA